AUUUUUUCUUAAAAAAAACUUGUGGAGUAUACCUUGUCGGCUGCAGAAUGGAUCCAACGAAGUAAGAGGAAAAUGAGUGAAGCGGGGGAAAAUAUGGAUGCGGCCACAGCUUUGGGCUCUUCCAUCCAUUUGAACGAAGAUGACUGGUUACAACUGUUGCAAAAGUUGACACCAUCUAGUAUUGACAACCUACAACAAACGUUGAAGCGCAUACAGCAACGCGAAUCCCCCAUUCUGUCACCUGAGAAACUAAAUUUUCUGGGAACGGCUUCGCAACUAUGCGGAUCCUCCUUGCUGUCACCGACUAUAUCGGAGUCUAGCAUUCUCAAUAAUCAGAAUGCCCCUUUGGUGAUGUCAUUGGGAGUAUCCAAGGCUGCCGUACCAUCUGUGAUCACUGUUCCUUCUGUAUUGAAUGUGUCCAAAACAAUGCCUACCCAACUGCAAAGCACAAUUGUCCUUCCGUCAACCGCUCUGUUGAUUGCUCCAUCAGGACACAGUCAACCUAUUUCUUUGGAUUCCCGCGUACCCGUCUCUGGAGUGAAUCGUCUGUUGUUCACCACAGGUGGCUUGCCUGUGAUGUCUACGGCUUCCAGUACAUCUAUCGCAUCCACCAGUGAUACGUUCAACAGUCUCAACACAUUAGCUAACGCAGCAGUUGCUGUUGCUGCAAAUGCGUCCGGUCAAACUCCAUGGAGCUCGGACCUUCUGAGUACUGCAAAAACAAACUCUAUAGAUUCCGCACCUAUUCCUCCUACCUCUACAGCAAGUGACAGUCAGCUGAGGCUUGGCUCGGCUACAGCCACAUUAGCAACUCGGGCCACCUUGGAUGGCUUAUUGACAUCCUUGUGUGGCUCUCCGUCAGCCGAACUACCGACCAACCUGCUCUCCACCAACGUAGGAACAGCUGCUGGACUGACCGUCUAUCCUAUUCAGGUUUCGGCCAAUGGCCCGACAGUUUUCAUUGCUGCACCGAAAAAUCAGUCCCCUCAAGGUCUAAAUAUAUUGGGAGCCAAUACUCUGCAGCUUGCCACUGGUCAGUCCUUAGUUCAGUGUCUGUCGUCAAACGCGAUUUCUUCGAAUUCCGUCCCUACCUCUUGCACAACUCCUGUCAGUCCCAGUACGCUCUUGUCAAUUAAUCCUGCCCCAUUGAACAGCAGUCAAACUCUCACAGCUAUUGCCUCCUCCCCACUGUCCACUUCGACUCCCCGAAACAAGCCAAAAUUUAAGGCGUUGUGGGAAAAUAGUGCACAAGGCGAAGGAGAUCGGAGCUCUGUGGGAAAUAACUCGGAUUCUCUCAGUUCCGCCGAAUCCACUCCCGCCCGACCGUCGAGCAGUACGGAUGUGUUGACUUCCUGUGCUACUAUCCCCGUGUCCAAUCAGGGCACUCUGAUGCGUCCGAAUAACACGACUGCAACCAGACGACAAUCACCUAUGCUGAACGUCAAAUCGAUUGGGCAAACACCAAAGCGACUGGCUGCCACAGCUGCCUCACUGACAGACGAACAAAACUCGUUUGGCCAAGAGGGACCGAAAAAGCUGCUUCUGGUCUGUUCUCAACCCAAGCAACAAUCGGCCACUCAGUCCAGCACUGAUUCUGGCAUUUCCUUGGCCUCCGCAGAAUCUUUACUAACAAGAGUACUCCACGCACGCACUCUUGCUGGUACUGUGGUCUCCCGUGUGGAACCGGAAAUCAGUUGGACCGCUGUGUCGCUCAAUCCGACCAAUUCAUCGACCGAUCCGAAAGCCGUUGUUGUUCCUUCCCAGCCGUUACUUGCUCCGGCCAAUGUGUUCGUCAAUGAUCUGCGGUCAAAUGUGUGUUCCAGCAAUAAUAAUGUUCCAUCAUCGGACCAUGACAUGUCUUCUACAGCUCUCGGAUCGCGUGUGGAAAGUGUCGUGAGCAAAAGUUUUGAUGGGAGUCGCCGGCUAAUGAAAGAGGAAUCGGUUGGUGAGGAUGAGGCACGCAGAAGAGCGAAGCGCCGGGAACGAAACCGGGUUGCCGCUGCUCGUUGUCGCCAAAGACGUCAGGACCAGAUCGUCGAAUUGCAACACCGGGUUGGCGUACUUACUAAAACAGGCGAGGAGCUCCGUACUUCUCUGCAAACACUGGAACAUGAACGCACACGAUUGGAAGGCCUUAUUCGUCAGCAUGGGCUUGCUGGAUGCGUCGAGGCAGAGGAACUGCUUUCUCGCAUGGCUUUGGAGCGUUCGGAGUUAUCUAUGCAUGAUAAUGUCGCAUCGGUCAGCACUCCGGUUACCCAUUUAAAAUCGGACGACCUUGUACCCAACUUGUCCUCCACCACGACACCUCCUGGCCCCAUUUCACCAAGUGUUAUUUUGGUAACGAACACACUGGUGACAAAACCCGAACCGGACUGCAAUGAAGUCACUUUGACUUCGAUCCGACCUAGUCUUGCUAAACUGGAUCUCCGUCGCCAGACUCAACCAACCUGUGCACCAAAUGUGGUUAUUUCGGCCAUAUCGGCAUCGAACUGUCUGGGUAAUAAGCUGAACAGUGAAUCGUCAUCACGUGCGGACGAUUUCGGCACUUCGAACUCGUCGACUGUGUAUAGGCUUGCCGCCCGACCAUCUACCCUAAUCCCAGACAGACUGCUAACCGAAGUGACCCAACCUGCGGAUAAGGCUUUAGGUGGCAAUACUGGAGCUUCCACAACCACCACUGCCGCCACCACCACAAGUACCACCAUUUCUGGAACUCCCAUCGAAAUCCCCACUCCGGGUUUCUGGCCUUCGGAUCUUCAAACCUUUUCACCCAUCCUCACACCAUCCACCUGGCGGCUAUUGAAAAAUCUUACUUCGAGCACCUGCAACACACCUCAGUCAUUCAUCCUCACACCCACGUUUAGUUCUGCUUGUCCAACUAUAUCACUUGCAAAUAUGGGAACUCCAACACCAGCAGCCUCAUCCUCAACAUCUGUCCCUUCGGGUAACCCCUUCACUUCUGUAGUGGAUUCUAAUAACGACUCUGUUAAAUCGGCCCUCACUGCUGACAGUGUUGUGAACUCGGUAACCACCGCACCAUCUUCGUCUUCUACAGAACAGGUGCCCGACACAGGAGAAGAAGCGCCAACCUCUAGCAUCACUCCUUCCGAGGUCAGCGACAAAGACGGUCCAGGCGUUGAACCGGACGGCGAUAGUGCAAGCGGAGACCCUUCCGUCACCUUGGGUCGGUCGUUAGGCCAAACUUAUUUUCUAUCAUUUUCAACCAGAUGUGAUAACGCCGAACAUGGUACGGUCACAAAUACAACAUUAGCCAAUUAGAGCUGUGGAAUUUCAAGCACUUAUGUAUAGACUGUUGUGCGAUUUAUACAAGGCCCUGCUGUCGUUAACCCACUAGUGAUAGCACAAGCGAAAGCGUACGCACAUUUCAAAGUGAAUACACUACAUUGACUCCUAUCCAUUCCAUCUAUAAGGGUUAAUCAGCCCAUCCUAUUUAUGUAGUCGCGAUGGGCCGAUUUAAGUGAUUAGAGAGUUGUUUCAGCCCUCGUACCACAUAAAAGUCUGUUUCUGCUAAACUAAUCCCUGAACAUACCGUUCUGCGAUUAUCUGAAUGUCACAUCUUCUCAUUGAUGCAUGAAGCCUACAAACCUAUUUCCGAUAAGUGAACGCAUUUUUGCCACAUCAUGUCUUUCCACCCGGAUGAUCGCGAUUGUUCCCAAUCGCGGCUCUUUCACCUUUGGUUCUAUACCCUCACCUAAUCUCUCUCUCUCUCGGUGUUUGCGCCGCUCGAUUGUGUUAGAUCACCACUAUUUUCACAACUCCAUCCCCGUCGCCAUUUAGCUAGCACAUUUUUUUGGUGUCACAACCUCUUUUUCUCUGUCUAUCAACCUAUUAUCAUCGUCUACCUCAUUCUCCUAUUUGAUACUACCUAUAUGGGACAACUGUGGCCAAUAUGUUCCUCUUAUCGUUCAUUAAUUUAUGCUUCCGCAGGACAGAUUAUUCAGAUACAGAGAACCUGACGUAAGAAAUUGCGAUUGCUGUUCUGAUUUUCGUGGAACACCUUCCCUCUCUGCCUCACGAUCUGGGGUCAACUAUCCACCCUUUCCCAUCUUGUUUAGUCAAGCAUUCAGACAGUGUGUAUAGAUCAGGACUUCGCUACUGUUUCACGUGACUGACAACGCGGGGGAGUCCCAUCAUCCUUCAGGCAGCAACCUCAGUGAUUCAAUCAAAACAACAACAGUUUGUCGAAAACACUUCGUCUCUUGUCUAUCACAGCCCAAUAUAUGUAGAGCUUCACCCUGAGAUCCAAAGCCACACACCCACACACACCUUUCUUUCACCAUUCGUCAUCUGUGAUUAAUUUCGCUUGGUCCGUUUGAUUGUUAUUCGUUUCACGUGUGUUUUUCUUCCUUCCCCGUUGUUUUUCGUUUUUACCAUCUCUUAAGUCUAUCCCAUCAUAAUCGCACACCAUCAUCACCCUACAACAACCUUUUCGAGGGAUGUGUGCAGUUCGUCACAUUUUGCCGUGGGCGCACGCGUGUGAUUGUGCCUCUUUAUUGAUCUUUUUGAAUUUCAAACCCUUCAUCAAUUACAUUUCCCCACCGAUUUCAACCCUUUUUAUACACGCGCGCGCACCUUGUCCGAAGACUAGCCGAUAUUCAGUCGCACAUCGCAGCACGUUGUCUACCCCCGUUACGUCCAAUCCACUCUGAGUCAGGAAUGGCUUGCCAGUUCUGUUCUGUUGCUUCUAAACCGCUCGUGAUUGGAUGGACUAGAACCGCACGACACACUGUUCACUGACCGACUGUCUUUCUCAUGCUUCUUGCAAUAUACUGCACCUUUGUACGUAGCACGACGUACCUCCUCCUAGCUACUAGAUGUAUACCGUAUACAUAUAUACAUAUACUUAUAUAUAUAUAAUAUAGGGUUGCCCAAAAGUGCAAAAGUAUCCGACUCAUUGAAUCACUCUACUACCGUUUAUGCACACACACACACACACACACCGUGUCUGGGAACAUUUGUCCACCCCGCUUCCCGUUCCCCUAUCUCCUAAAUCCCCGCGCACCACCUUAGACUGCUUGUGAUGAGCGAACGAGUGCAGCUCACAGCGUUGACUCAAUCUGACCGCAUGCACGGAUGGCAACUCUCCCCCCCGCCCUUAUCUCUCUGUCCCUCUCAAAUUUGUACCCAACCCCCUUUUUUGGUGGCUAUUUUCCCACCCCAUCGGUUAUCACGUCCCCUUAGGGUGAGAGGUAGCGUCUUUUUUUCUUGUGCCGGACCUAUUGAAUACGUCUCAGAGUUGAUUUUGUGUGCAUGUGUACAUGUUCC